AUGGCGGCGUGUCGACGCGUGCCAUCUUUCGGAAAGAAAGUGCCGAACCACGAGAAACAAGAAGACAGAAACUAUCGAAGUUACCAGCAGGGAUUUUACGACUGCGUCGCUGAAGCUCUGCGCUUGCUUGUCUCCGCCGACGGCAUGAUUGUUAAUGAUCAGUUCAAGACCGGCCUGAUGGAGAGCUUGCACUGUCGAAAAAGUCUGCCAAUUCAACUGUCGUACGCUCAAAAAGAUACUCAAGCAGGAAGCAAGUUGGUGGACAACGUGGCAACUAACUACGUGGAAAAUACCUAUGGAAUAGAAGAGUAUCAACGACCGCGUGAAGUUCCAGAAGAACCGCUGGAUAUGCGCAUAGGAAACAUGAAUGAGUCGAUGAAACGCUUUGAUUACGAUCAUUUUGCAGCAACGAACGAUGCGGAUGAAAGAAUGAUCGUCGACCAGCAGGAUGCAAAACUGGGCAAAGCAUUAAUGAUGGAGACACCCUGCCAGCGUUGGGAAACUGAGGCCGAAACGCCCGUGGUCUAUGAACGAAUUGUUCGGUACGGUAACGACUCUCGAAAUCCUCAAAUCAGAAACGGCACCAAAAAUAUAGCAGAAAGAUGCAUCGGCGGAAAUCCUUUGAACGGCAAAAUUUGCAUAGCUCCACACGACAGCAGCAAAGCAGGGAACAAUUCCAGCCGUGGUUCAAAGCUGACCGAUUUAUCCGUUUUCGUCCUGCAUCCAUCAGGACUAUAUUACGUGCCGGCGACGAUCAAAUCUGAUUGCAUCGACCAAUCGCUGUUGAUCUUACCGGAGAAAGUAGAUACCAAUGAGAAACUACAGCACCUGUUGUCCAAGUGUCACCCGAUAGCGAUAAACGUCAAAUUACUGCCGUCGGGUGCCAACGCAGUGAACGAAAAUAUCCUUCGUUCCUCGUGA